CAUUACCCCAAUGAUGUUUACAUAUAUUUUACUAUCAUAACAAAUGCCCUAUAUAGAGAGAGAGAGAGAGAGCAUCUUUCCAAACAGGUUAAAUUUCACCUUUGUAAAAUAAAGUAAACUGAUGAAACUGUUGCCUCAAAUGUCUGGUGACACACAUAGAAGGAGGAGAGACAGAAAAUAUUAUAGUAUAGUAUUAUAGUAAAUUAUUCCUGUUGGCAUUUACUAUACAAUGUUUACAAUAUUAUCUUCCUUGAAGCAUCAGACUGGAAAUAAGACUAGCAAUUCCAAGGCAGCCAUUUUGAUAAGGACCAGCCUUUGAAUUUGAGCUGUCAGUAUGUAAUAAAAUGGCCACUACAAGAGCUUCUAAGACAAACAUAAUGCUAAAGGAAUCCUACAAUAAAUGAAUAGCACAUCUCGUAUAUUACAUCAGAUUCAUAGUCGCCGAGUUGUAAUUCGGAUUUACCUCAGAAUCACCUCUUGAGAGCUCGCUAACAAGUCAAAUUCGACUGCAGAACAACAACAAAACUGGAAGCUAACCGCAAUACAGCUAAAAAGAAAACGACCCCUAUCGUUAUUAGUGACUCUAUAAUAAAAACGCUAUUAUUCGCAGUGCACUACUUUCACACAAACGCCGUCAAAUAAUAAUAAUAAUAAUAAAAAAAAACAUAACGGACAGAUAACGGGGUAGCCGGAAGUGUUCCAAGGUCCGGAAACGACCAAUGUUAAAAUCUCACACGUCACUCGUUCUUUCUAAAACACCAACAUAAUAGACCGUGCAAAAUAUUUUAGGCGACAAAAAAAAAAAGGCAAACGUAAAAUAAAAAGUCUUCGUUCGUUAUACCGUUUGAUGCAUUUUCCACAGGACAUAAGUACGAUGAGUGCAUCUGUUCUACAGUCUGUUCUGCAUAAGAGACAUUUGGGCUCAUGCUAUCGCAGCACCGUUGCAGUGGAAACAGUCUGCUAGCUAGCUGUAGCUAGACGGCUAACCGCUGGAAAACAGCGCAGAGCUGCUGGGGUACAUGAACGAGGGGGCAGGGUGGGAGAGAGUAUAGCAGGCCCUGUUCAUCUUGACCAGGCUAAAAGAUGGAUGCGUAGUGAGAAGAGUGGCAUCACAACAUCACAGCCCACAAGAAUGAUAUUAGAGGAUUUUGCUUCCCGCUAUGGAAAAAAAGAAAAAUAUAUUAAUUGAAACUUGGAAACGGAGAUGUAAGCCACUUUCGUCAGAGUGGAUUAAGAAUGAAUAGAUAUUGAAUGUAAUGAAACCAACCCAUGGGAUUUGGAGGGAUCCAUCUGACUGUGGGGUGGUCAUGAACUAAAAAAUGUAACCAAGGAAGUGGACAUUUUUCAUUUAACUCAGACAACAAUAAGCACUUACAGUGCACUUCCCAAAAUGUGAAAACAUAAUUGCAUCUCAUGCAGCUGUGGCGUUCUUUUACCAGUCCAUAUGUCUUUGCACUCUUAUGGAACAUUCAGACUGAAAUACUGAUAUCAAAGUUGAACUAUCCAAAAAAACUGUGAUUAUGUGGAAUCCAAUGUGAGGCCAAAGGGGAAUCGAUUUUGGGAAUCUCAUAAGUGACAAAUCCCAUUGAAAAACAGCUUUUUGCAGAGACUACAAAUCCAUGUUACAGUCAAUACAAAAUUUCCUUGUCGACUACUUGCCUGAAGAGUGAGCUUGUGGCUGCCCACUUUAAAUGAAACCACACCAGUAGCAUAAGGAAAAUGUGAGGUAGCACUGUUUUUGAAAUUGCUUUUUCUGACUACAACUUAGUAGAGAAGCAUAAUAGAAAUAUUGUUGCUGCUCAAAGAGCAGAAGGUGUUGCUACUGCACACCAUGUUUCAUUAACUGGGAGAUGUUCCAGUUUGGAAAAUACAAUGUGGACAUCAUAGAGAUGCUGAGUGGACACCAAUCCCACCAGUUCAAAGGUCUUGGAUUAGAUAGACAACUUCAACACCAACAGCAAGUGCAGCUUCACCAACACCAGUUACAGCAGCAGCAACAGCAGCAAGGUGAGACAUCUGGGUCAAUUUUGUCUGGACUUGGCUUAGGCCCACUACAAGCAUCUAGAGGCAGUGCAUUUACAGAUUCUGCAUCAAUUUUUGCAAAAAUGAGUGCACCUCCUCCACCUCUGCAACAACAAUCCCUCUCUUCAUCAUCUCAAAGUUUGAGGAAAUCCAGCAAAAUGUCUGGAAGCAGUAGCAGUGGUGGAAGUCACGUGAGUGGAUACCCCCAGUUUUUGCGCUCAUUCCACCCAACUGAGGCAACCCUUGCACAAGAGCAGUUACAUUCAGGAAUAGGACGAUUUGAUCAUUUUGCCAGCAGUAGUGGAAGUGGAGGAACUGCAGGGGCAAUUGGAGGACUGGUUUCAUCUGUUCCACCACCACCCCCAUUGCAUCCUGGCCUGUCAGUACCUCAGGCCUCCCCUGGUCCGUCGUCUUCCUCCCCAUCACCUUCAAGUUCUGUUUCAACUUCCAAUAACCCUCCCAGCAGUAGUGCAGUAACUACCUUUAGUCAUCAGUUGGCAGGAUCACAGUCUGACGCCCGAAGCCUACAUCAACAGUUUAGCUGCAUGUUAGCCGCAAAUCAGUAUUUUCUUUCUGGAGUACCAGCCAAUUCCAGUCUAGAACAAUUUUUAGUUCAGCAAGGCAGUCAUAACCAUCUUGGUCUUGGUCUGGGCCAAGCUGCAGGAGAAACAAGUUCAGCCCUUGCGCCACCCCCUGCUCUUCAUUCUUCACACACUCAUGGUCACUUAACUACAUUAUCACAGCCUCAGCAGCCACCAUCACAACAGCAGCAACUACCACCUCACACUUUGUCUCACCCUCACCCGCAUCCACACCAUCCACUGCACUCCUCAUCGCAACCUUCUUCGCUUGGAGGUUUUGACUUUCAAGGAAUCCCAGUACUCUCCUCCAACCAGCUAGCAUCUCUGAUGCAGCAGGAAGCCGGUUUGCCACUUCCACUUCCUCUACAUCUUUCUUUAUCAAAAGAUGAUGGAAAAGGGGAUAGUGCUAUUGGAGGAAGUGGUGGAGGAGGUGGUAGGAGAAAGAAAGCCAUGGCUGGCUACCUGCCACAGAGAAAGUCUGAAAGCAGCAACAACAAUAGCAGCAGCGGUCACAGCUCUACAAACCCCAACAGUAGCACUUCAGGGGGACUCAACCAGGAGAACUCACCAGGCUUAGAUGGAGGUGGGGGUGUUAGUUUGUCUGGUAUCGGUGGAGACCCUUCUUCCCACCUAACCUCAUCAUCCUCUAUUUCUGUUGUCUCAACUUCUUCUGCACCUUCUUCUACAUCAGCAUCAGUUUUGGUGACAAAUGGCUCUAAAACAGACAGCCAUGGUUCCAUGCCACCUCAGUCUCAGCCUGAACAAGAACCCCUUUAUCAUUGUGGCGAGUGUGGCAAAACUUUCACACAUCUCUCUAGUCUGCGCAGGCACCUACGUAGCCAUGAAUUAACUACAGCUGGCACAAGUGGCACGAGAAGUAGCAUUAUAAACCCAGUUCUGCAUCCUUCCGAUCCAAGUAUUCCCCACUCUCCACAAGAGAGUGCAGCCUCAUCUUCGUGUGGCAGUCCUGACAAGACAUUUCAUUGUUCUGAGUGCGGAAAAGGUUUCAAGAAAAAGGGGCACCUACUUCAACAUGGUGUCAUCCACUCUGGCGCACGACCCUAUGCCUGCAGUACUUGUAGUCGUGCUUUCAAUCGUCGUGAGUCACUCACCCGCCACGAAAAAAUACAUGAAGAGAAACCUUUUCGCUGUCCAGCCUGUGGUCGUUGUUUUCGGGAAAGUACAUCCCUUUUGAACCAUGCAGCCUCGGGCACCUGUGGCAAGUCAGGCCGUACACCAAGACCUAAGCAUGAAAGUAAUAUAGAAAGCAAGAGCAAUAAAGCUGGGAGCUCCCAAGAUGGAAUAGCGACUAAUGCAGCGGUCUGUUGUACAGGUUCUUACCGGAGUGAUGAUUUCAGUGAUGACUACAAGGACCAGCGCUCUCAAAGUAACUUGUAUUCUGGAACAACAACAUGUGGUGGUGGCAGCAUGACAGGGACUGCACUUAGGAAGGCACCAUUAGCUCCUACUCUGCAUCCACACCCACAAAACCAAAGCCAGCAACAUCAUCAACAGCCACAUUUCCCACUUUCAUCUCUGUUAGAGGAAUCUGAAGAUGAUGUCACCAGCUCUGUCAACAGUGCCAUUUCUGCUAUCACUGCUGCAGCUGCAAAUUGUAUGAGUGGUGAUCUUGCCCAUAGUGGAGGUAGAGGGGAUGAUCGAAGGGAUAUCAUUGGUGGGUUGCUUGGAGGUCUGGGUCUAGGACCUCUUGCCUCACCUAGUGGUCCAUUAUCAACAUCUGUCAUGGAAAAGUCCUUUAGAGGAACUAUUAACCCAAGUGCGUUGGCCCUCAACCAGCAACCAAAUCAGCAGAUACCUGGUGGAAAGCCCAAGCGCCCUCGAAAGCCCCGCAAGAAGAAGGAACCUGGUGUGGUUGGUGGUGUUGAGCCCCCUAAAAGAAGGCAGUCCUCUCACAGACCAGGAGGGCCAGGUGGUGAUGUUAGACCUUAUUUGUGCAGCGUCUGUGGUCGAGGAUUUGCAAGAAGAGAGACCUUGCGGAGGCAUGACAGAAUACACACUGGAGAAAAGCCUCACCAUUGUACUGUGUGUGGCAAGUACUUCAGAGAGGCAUUUCAUCUUAGCAAGCACCACACAGUGCAUUCUGGAGAGAAGAACUACAAAUGUAUCCUGUGUGGAAAGGACUUUGGAUACGCUCAGAGCCUUAAAAGACAUGGCAAGCUACACCAGAAAGGAGAACUGGAAGAAGUGCCAACCACACCAAGUGGGGAAAACCUUAACAGCUAUCCAUCCUCUGGUGGCAGCUUGAUUCAAGGGGGUCAAAGCAGCUCUUCUUCAUUCUAUUCAUAUGCUCAAGAUGUCAAACCACAGACAUCAACCACUCAGCCCCCUCCUAGACUGUACACAUGUGCGAUUUGCUGGAAAUCAUUCCGCCAUCACUUUCACUUGACGGCACAUCACCAAACUGUUCAUGAGGGUGGUGGAGAAAAGCUAUUUUCUUGUGAAGUGUGUGGUAAGGCAUUUGCAUACUCUAACAGCCUUACACGACACAGGCUUUCUCAGCAUGGCUUAACACGGACUGGCCAGCCAGUUGCUCAAAGGAGCACAGGGGAAGAUAACAGUGUUGGUGUUACGAUAUCGGAAAGUGAAGCUGCUACAAAUGCUUUGCUUCAGCUCGCACCAUCUAGUGGCACACAUGCUGAACAACAUGGAGUUCUUCAUAGCCAGCAGGCUCCUCCCCAAACACAAGCUGGCUACUCCCCUCUGUUCUAUAUACCCGAUACCAAUGCUGCACACCCUUCUUCAUCUAAUGCCUCCUCUUAUUCUCAUUCUCUGCCGUCAACUUCCUCAGGGCCUCUUCUUUUUAACCAUCAGCAACAACACACUGGGAUAAAGGGUGAACCCAUUUAUCACACUGGUCAUGUGCAUACUCUUACUCCAAACAUACCAGUGCAUUCCCUCGGGUUGCCUCCAUCAGAGCCACAUCAGCAACACCACAGUUCCCAGCAGCAUUCAGCUGAGUUUCAAUCUACACAACACCAUGCUUUUCAAAGCCAAGAGGAGUUGAGGAGACGGAAGAAAAAAAAAAAAAGACAGCAAGAGAGAGAGGAGAUAGGCUACAAAUGGACCCCGGCUGCAAAAGUAGAGAGAGAUCAGGUGGAGGCCUCCCUUGGGGAAAAGCAGCGAAAUGAGAGAAGAAAACUUGUUAAAAGAAAAAGGAGAGCAAUUCACAGGACGCAACAUAAAAUUAAGAAGCGUAUGGCUGUGCUCGUGAGAAUCAGACGUGGAAGUGGAGGAAGUGCUGUGUAUGAACUGGGCCUUCCAGGUGGACUGAAGCUUAACAGGCUUCGGUCCCUCAAAGUUCCUCUGAAACGAAAGUCCUGUCCCCUUUGCCUUGGUGCUACCUUCUCUCAACAGGUAGCCCUUAAAGUUCACAUAGCAGCUAGACAUUGUCCCAAAGUGAGAGGCCUUCAGCAUCGUUUGAAAUGUCCAGUUUGUGGAAAACAGUCUCGCAAGUUCCUCUCAGCUCUCAUUCACAGAAGCUCUCAUUUAGCCAACAGAGCAUUUUCUUGUAAACAUUGUCCCUGUCGUUUCUGGAAUGCAAUGCUCCUCACACGGCAUAAGAAGGUGUGUCGUGGGAUGUUGGCUAAGUUUCAAAGAGAUAGGGCUCUUUGUGUUAAAUUAGUCAUGGGAUCAACAUACAGGAGGUUUGAGUGUAAAGGGAACUCUUCAUCCUUGCAUAUGGAAUAUAGUCACUAAGUUUUGCCAUUAAACUUAUUUUCAUAUGCACUUUUAGAAGAGAAGUGUUGCAAUUUUCAUGAGAAGAACUGAGAUCUGACUGAAUACAUAUUUUGCUCAUGUAGGCAUUGACUUGUGUGUUAUGAGAGCUUUUUCUUUUCACUCUCAUUCAUAUUAAAUUUCCUCUUGUAACUUGGACCCCUGAAAAUGAACACCUUCAACAAACUCACAAAUGUAUCAAAGACAUUUGUCUUAAUGAAAUGCUUAGCCUACCCAUCUAUUUAAUACCACACCGGUCUUCUAAGAGGAAACUCUUGUUCAUAUUGAAAUGAUCCUUAGCUGGCAAUAGAUGAAGUUUCAGUGAUUUGGCGAAUAUUGUAUUGUGCCCUAACAGUAGGUUAUUGCUCACCUCAACAGAUGCUCUGUAGAAUUAUUCUGUCUCUGAUAUAUAUUGUGUUGUUGGUGUUCACUUAGAGCAAGUGUGGAGAUGUGAUUUUGUUAAUGUAUAAAGUGCAUUCAGUAUCAGGAGAAAAAAGGGUCCUGCUAGGAAGAUGAGUAUUUUAUUUUAAGGAGUAUUUAAAUUACUGCAUGUUGGACAUUACUGUCCAAGUGUUGAAAGGUCAACGCGAGUGAUGAGACUUUGGACUCUGAUGGUGUCAUGACAAAUCCAAUUGAAAAUGUAUCUUAACUCUUAAUAGAGGAACCAUAAGAAAUGAAUGCAUACUAAUACAUGCUGAUUAACAAUUCUUAAAAUCAAUUGUGAGCCCUGUUUUGAUUUAUUUACUUAAAGAAAACUAUACCAUUAAGAUGGUAAUGCCAGCACUUAAACAGGAAAAAUAUGAUUUUUUAAAUAACCAUAAAGUACAAAAAAUGUAAUACCCACAGAUUAUUGCCCUAAAGGCAAAGGCCUUACCAAAUUGUGUCAGUUAAAACAACACAUUUUAUGGGUAAUACAGUGUAGCGUCUAUGUAUGGAGCUUACUGGAGGAAUGGAAAGAAAUAUGUGUACUGUAAUGUAAAUUGUGUCAAUAUUUUAUUAUGUUUUUUAAGCAAAAGUCAAUCUUUUUAUCAUAGCUACACUUUAGUUAGUUGGAAGAGUGAUUGUAAGAGUUAUCACUUUAGAUCAGAUCUUGAUUAAGUGUAUUAAUGUGGGACAUAGUCUGUCCACUUGCCAACUAUGAACGUAUCCCAUGUACUUUUCUCACCUUUCAUGUAGAGAUCCCGUACUACUUAUACCCUCUUUUUCUUUAAAAGAAGAAAAGUAAUAAGUAUGUUUCUAUCACUUUAUUUACACAUAAGCUGGUUGUUGAUGAUACCCAAGCAUUUAAUAAAAUUUUAAAAUGUUAUAUCCUCAUUAA